AUGCCGGCGACGAUUCCCACGGCGAAAACGCGCGAGAAGCAUCGAGUGGGGGAGGGUGCGGAUGGUUUAAACGCCUCGGGUGAGCGAGGGAUGGACGAGGACGCGCGUGCGCGGGGGGGGAAGGUGGUUGGACAGCGAAGAGGCGAUGAUGACUCGGCACGGUGGAUGUCCAAGCUCGACGACGAAAGAGCGAUCUUGGGAGUCGAGGACGUGGAGAUGCGACGUUCGAGGGCGUCGGCGAGUGGAGAGAUGGAUGCGUUAGAGUCGGAGUUGGAGCGAUCGGCGAGGAUAUCGACCACGUCAAGCGCGGCGGAGGAGGGACUUUGGGAGGAGAAGCCCGGGAAGUUGGUGCCGGCGGGUAAAGGCGCGGAGUCGUCGGGCGAUCGACGUGGGAACGUGAGCGGGAUGCGAUCUGGAAUGCGAGCAGUCGCUACGGGAAAUAAUGCGGGAGAUGUGAAGCGUGGCGAGAACGUGCGCCGCGGCGCCGUCGCGGAAGCAUUGGCGCGUGACGCUCCGCGGCAGCCAGCUGGCCCGCCGCCGCCGCGAAACCUUCCGUCGACGCUCAUGGGGACGGAGCAUCAGCUCUCGCAAGCGCAUCAGCAGUACAUGAUGAACAUGCAAAUGUCCGCCAUGCAUCAGGGACAGAUGGGUGCACCGAUUCAGCCAGAAUCGCCCAUGUCGCCCAUGUCAAUGCCGGCAGUGUGGACCAACGACGAUCCGUCUCGGACGGUUUAUCUCGUUCUGGUCGACGCGUCCAUGAACGACCAGAUGUUGUGGUCGAUCGCCUCGCAGUUCGGAGAUAUUCGUUCAAUCGCGAACGAGCUGCGACGAACGAUGAACACCGUGUUCGUGUCUUACUACGAUAUUCGAGCCGCCGAGCUCGCAAAGUUGACGCUACAAAUGUCCACGCACAUAUUCCACAUGGUGGCCUACUCCGGGGCGUGUGAUUGGAUCCCUGGGAUGGAGAACCAAGGCCGCUUCCUGGCGUACGAUAUCGGCACGGCCGAAGAAGAGCGCGACGCGGAGUUUCGAGCGUUGUUGGAUUCGUUUGGUGAGGUCAAGCGGUUGAUGACGCCAAGGGGCCACGAAAAUCAUAGAUUCAUAGAGUACUUUGACGUGAGGCACGCGCACACGGCGGUGACAGAACUGCAGCAGAGCGGGUUCAGGAGUAAGCCCCUUUCAGUGGACUUUCACUCGCAGUCUUACGCUGCGGACUUCCACCAGCAACACGCGUUCUCUCCGCCCUCGCCGUCCUCCAUACAUCAGUACAUGGGGCAGGCCGCGAUGAUGGCAAACAUGUACUGGCCAUACGGCGGUCCGGUCACGACGAUGCCCAUGGUUGGCGCGCAAGGGUAUGGUGGUUAUCAAGGAUGGUCGCCGGAUCAGCAGCACUACGGUUACCCUGUACAGAGUGCGAGUGGCCACGGUUACCCUGUACAAAGUGCGAGUGGCCACGGCGGGCAUCGCUCGCCCCGUUCAAGCGGCGAGUAUUCGCGAUCGCCGCGAACGAGUGAAAGUAUGGGCCGAUCUAGAUCGAGUCACAAUAGUACUUUAGAGGCGUUUCAGAGGACGAAUCCGGAAGAGUUCAUCUUCAGUAUGGAAGAAGCGAACGAGGCGGGGACGAAGGAUAAUCCAGAGCACGGAAGGACCACGCUCAUGAUUCGCAACAUCCCGAACAAGUACAAUCAAGCUAUGCUGUUGGAUCUCCUCAAUCGAUCUUACGAGAACCAGUACGACUUCUUCUACUUGCCCAUAGACUUCAAAAACAAAUGCAACUUGGGCUACGCUUUUGUGAACUUCAAGUGCGCCAAGACGACGGCGGCAUUUUAUAAGGAGUUCCACAAGCAGCGCUGGGAAGAAUUCAACUCCCGGAAAGUGUGCGAGAUCACUUACGCUCGGGUCCAAGGCAAGGAGGCCAUGGUUGAGCACUUCAAGAACAGUCGAUUUCCGUGUGAGAACGAAGAGUUCUUGCCGCUGGUCUUCGAUACCGACGGGAACAAAACUAGCUACCAUACUUUAGGACACACCGUACAUGGAGCGACUGGAAGGUUUCCAGACACGGCGAGCGAGAACGUAACCGACAGUGUUUAA